UAAGUCCAUGACUUUCUGUUUGUGCCUUCAAGUAUAUUAGCUCAGCUCUCUCAAGUAUUGUCACUCAAAAUCAGAAACUCCUUUUCUUCUCCAACAAGAACUUCAAAAAAGCAAUGGCUCUGUCUCUCUUUUUCUUUCUUCUUUGUGCUUCUGUAAGAAUUGGGUAUGCAUUUCCUCCUCAUCCAGACAAAAUCAUUCUAUUACCUGGACAACCCCAAGUGGGAUUUCAACAGUUUUCAGGCUAUGUCACUGUUGAUGACAAGAAACAAAGAGCACUCUUUUACUACUUUGUGGAAGCAGAAACAGAUCCAGCUUCUAAGCCUCUUGUUUUGUGGCUGAAUGGAGGACCUGGAUGUUCUUCUGUGGGAGUUGGUGCAUUUUCUGAGAAUGGUCCAUUCAGACCAAGAGGACAAGUUCUUGUUAAGAAUGAACACAGUUGGAAUAAAGAGGCAAAUAUGUUAUACUUAGAGUCUCCAGUUGGGGUUGGCUUCUCUUAUUCAACUAAUACAUCUUCCUAUGACACAGUUAAUGAUGAGAUAACAGCCAGGGACAAUGUUGUGUUCUUGCAAAGCUGGUUUAACAAAUUCCCACAGUAUAGAAAAAACAAUUUAUUUUUAACUGGGGAGAGUUAUGCAGGCCAUUAUGUACCUCAACUUGCCAAGCUCAUGAUUGAGCUUAACAACAAGAAGAAAUUGUUCAAUUUGAAAGGAGUUGCACUGGGUAAUCCUGUUUUGGAAUUUGCUACUGACUUCAAUUCGAGGGCUGAGUACUUCUGGUCUCAUGGCCUAAUAUCAGACUCCACAUACAGAAUGUUCACUUCUGUUUGCAAUUAUUCUCGCUAUGUGAGCGAGUACUACAGGGGCAGUGUAUCGCCAAUGUGUUCAAGAGUCAUGAGCCUUGUAAGUAGAGAAACCAGUAAAUUUGUGGACAAAUAUGAUGUUACCCUGGAUGUCUGUAUGUCAUCAGUGCUCUCUCAGUCCAAAAUUAUAAGUCCACAAGAAAAUGGUGAGAAGAUAGAUGUCUGCAUCGACGAUGAAACUGUCAAUUACUUAAACCGACAAGAUGUGAGAACGGCUCUUCAUGCCAGACUUGUUGGUGUUCGCAGCUGGGAUGUUUGCAGCACCAUUCUGGAUUAUCAAUUGCUUGAUAUAGAGAUACCAACCAUAUCUAUAGUAGGAUUGCUUGUUAAGGAGAGAAUUCCAGUCUUAAUUUACAGUGGGGAUCAAGAUUCUGUUGUUCCAUUGACUGGAAGCCGCUCCGUUGUACAUCAACUAGCAAACCAGAUGGGACUGAACACAACUGUACCCUAUAGAGUUUGGUUUUCAGGACAACAGGUUGGUGGAUGGACUCAAGUUUAUGAUAAUAUCCUUUCAUUUGCAACCAUUAGAGGUGCUGCUCAUGAAGCUCCUUUCUCUCAGCCAGAGAGAUCACUUGUUCUGUUCAGGUCAUUUCUUCAAGGCAAGGCACUUCCUGAAGUAUUCUAAGAUCCCAAAUUGAUGAUUGGACAGCCAGAGUAAAUAGAUCUUUCUUGUGCAUACACUUCACAGUUAAAUGAAAAGGUUCCUUGUUUUUUUUUGCUUUUGCUCGGAAAGAUUAGAAGUUGUGGAGGUGCGCGCAAGCAUGUCAGAACACCACGAUUAUUUGAAAAGAAAUUAUUAGAAGAAGACUAGAAGAGUCUGAAAAAAGUAUGAUAUUAGGGCCUCCUUAUUGUGAAAUUAGUUUUAGUUUUCAUUUUCUUUCUUUAAAUUUUGGCUGGCAUGCAAAUGAAUGCUGGAAGAGCAUCUAUAAGCUUUGUUGAAAGCAAAAGGGUCCACCAUCACUAAAUAUUUGUUCUUUCAUAAUCCAUACUUCAUGUGUUGGGUUAGU